AUGACGCCGCGCCCCGCGCUGCUGCUGCUGCUGCCGCCGCUGCUGCUGCCGCCGCUGCUGCUGGGGGCCCCGCCGGCCGCCGCGCGCGGCCCCCCAAGAAUGGCAGACAAGGUGGCCCCGCGGCAGGUGGCCCGGCUGGGCCGCACUGUGCGGCUUCAGUGUCCGGUGGAGGGAGACCCGCCACCGCUGACCAUGUGGACCAAGGAUGGCCGCACCAUCCACAGUGGCUGGAGCCGCUUCCGCGUGCUGCCCCAGGGGCUGAAGGUGAAGGAGGUGGAGGCUGAGGACGCGGGCGUGUACGUGUGCAAGGCCACCAAUGGCUUUGGCAGCCUCAGCGUCAACUACACCCUCAUCGUGAUGGAUGAUGUCAGUUCAGGGAAGGAGAAUCUGGGGUCCGGGAGCACCUCGGGAGGUCAGGAGGACCCAGCCAGCCAGCAAUGGGCACGGCCCCGCUUCACGCAGCCCUCCAAGAUGAGGCGCCGGGUGAUCGCCCGGCCUGUGGGCAGCUCCGUGCGGCUCAAGUGUGUGGCCAGCGGGCACCCUCGCCCUGACAUCAUGUGGAUGAAGGAUGACCAGGCCUUGACACGCCCGGAGGCCAGCGAGCACAGGAAGAGGAAAUGGACGCUGAGCCUGAAGAACCUGCGGCCAGAGGACAGCGGCAAGUACACGUGCCGCGUGUCCAACAGGGUGGGCGCCAUCAACGCCACCUACAAGGUGGACGUGAUCCAGCGAACCCGCUCGAAGCCCGUGCUCACGGGCUCACACCCCGUGAACACCACGGUGGACUUUGGAGGGACUGCGUCCUUCCAGUGCAAGGUGCGCAGUGACGUGAAGCCCGUGGUCCAGUGGCUGAAGCGGGUGGAGUACGGCGCCGAGGGCCGCCACAAUGCCACCAUCGACGUGGGCGGCCAGAGGUUCGUGGUGCUGCCCACGGGCGAUGUGUGGUCUCGGCCGGAUGGCUCCUACCUCAACAAGCUGCUCAUCUCGCGCGCGCGCCAGGACGACGCGGGCAUGUACAUCUGCCUCGGCGCCAACACCAUGGGCUACAGCUUCCGCAGCGCCUUCCUCACCGUGCUGCCAGACCCCAAGCCGCCAGGGCCACCGGUGGCCCCUUCGUCCUCGGCCACAAGCCUGCCCUGGCCCGUGGUCAUUGGCAUCCCAGCUGGAGCGGUCUUCAUCUUGGGGACUGUGUUGCUCUGGCUUUGCCAAGCCAAGAAGAAGCCAUGUGCGCCGGCACCUGCACCCCCAGUGCCGGGGCCCCGCCUCUCGGGGACGGCCCGGGACCGCGCGGGUGACAAGGACUUGCCCGCACUGGCCGUGGGCCUGUGUGAGGAACACGGAACCCCUGCCGCCCCCCAGCACCUGCUGGGCUCAGGCCCGGUCGCGGGUCCCAAGCUGUACCCCAAGCUGUACACAGAUGUGCACACACACACACACAUGCACUCACACACCCACUCCCACGUGGAGGGCAAGGUCCACCAGCACCAGCACGUCCACUAUCAGUGCUAGACAGCCGCCGUCUCCCCGGACGCUGUGUACCUCGAGGGCUGUGUGGAUCCCGGGUGAGAGACAGGCAUCGGGAAGGGAGGGAAGCACACAUAGUU